AUGCAGACUGCUUCUACAUACAUUUGUGAAAAACUGUGCAAUAAGUUCAUCCGUGAAAUUUCCUUGCUACUAAAUAUUCCAGUCAACUGUUUAGUGGUAUUAUGACAAAGUGAAAGCAACUGGGAACAACAGCAACUCAGCCAUGAAGUGGUAGGCCACGUAAAAUGACAGAGCGGAGAGUGCGCAGAAGUCUCCAACUGUCUGCAGAGUCAAUAGCUAAAGACCUCCAAACUUUGAGUGACCUUCAGAUUAGCACAACAAUAGUGCACAGAGAGCUUCAUGGAAUGGGUUUCCAUGGUCGAGCAGCUGCAUUCAAG